UGAGCCGUGGUUUUCCAGGCUGCUUGAACAGAAGGCACAGAAUAUUUAACUGAAAAGAUGAUUGCCUUAACUUUUCUUUUUGCAUUGUUAUGGGAUAGAGGUUCUAGCUGGGGAUUCAAGGAUGGAAUUCUACACAAUUCUAUUUGGUUAGAACGAGCAGCCGGAGUGUAUCACAGAGAAGGACGGUCUGGAAAAUACCAGCUGACUUAUGAUGAGGCAAAAUCAGUGUGUAAAUAUGAAGGAGGACACUUAGCAACAUUCAAACAAUUGGAGGCUGCAAGAAAAAUAGGCUUCCAUAUGUGUGCUGCUGGCUGGUUAUCUAAGGGAAGAGUUGGCUAUCCUAUUGUCAAACCAGGAAGCAACUGCGGCUUUGGGAAGACAGGGAUUGUAGAUUAUGGAUUUCGGCUCAACAAAAGUGAGAAGUGGGAUGCCUAUUGCUAUAAUCCUAAUGGAAAAGAUUGUGGUGGAAUCUUCACAGCUUCAAAACAUGUUUUUAAAACCCCUGGAUACCCAAAGGAAUAUGAAGAUGACCAAAUCUGUUAUUGGCACAUAAGAGUGAAGUACGGCCAACGGAUCAAAAUCCAGUUUCUUGACUUUGACCUUGAGGAUGAUACCGCCUGCAUGGCUGAUUACUUGGAAAUAUACGACAGCUAUGAUGAUGUAAAUGGUUUUGUGGGCAGAUACUGUGGAGAUGAACUACCAGAGAGUGUCAUUAGCACAGGAAAUGUCAUGACACUGAAAUUUUUGUCAGAUGCUUCAGUAACAGCAGGAGGCUUCCAGAUUGAAUACACUGCUAUCAACUCAACUAAAAAGAUCAUAAACCCCAAAGCUACUACGAAGUAUUUUCCUGGAAAAUUCGGCAUUGUGUAAAGGAAUUUUGCAAUGGAAAAAGAUGAAAGUCUUUAAACGGAAUAUGCUACACCUUCCCUUCCUCCCUUGAGGAAGUUGCUAGCUUUCUCCCGGAAGAUCCCACUCCCAAAGCUGCUGGCCUCUCCUCCCAAUGUAUUGUCCUCUUCUUAGCCAUUAAACCAGAUGGCUUCUACUGGACUGAGCCUUCCCUUGUUUUCCAUUACUGCAGAAUCUGCCUUUUAAAAUUUUGAGUCAAGGAGCUGAGAGAGUGAUACUUGACUGGGGUAGUAUGUUCCUUCCUGCUUCAGAGCUCCUGUGUAGUAUCUUUUUUUUUCUUGGUUUUUUUUUAUAUAUAUUAUUGAUAAUUUCUUUUUUUCCCCACUCAAUAAUUGACGAACAGUGUGUUGUCUGGGUUAUAUUUGUAAAAGAAACAUUAACACUUAAUUUCUAUAAUCCAUAUUCCAUAUAAUUAAUUAAUUAAUUAAUUAAUUGCUAAAAAUAAUAAUAUACUAAUAUUAUUAUUUUUAGGAAUAUUGGAAAAAUAUACAUUUAAUUGUUAUUUAUCAAAAUAAUAAGAAUUGUAUUAACCCAAUGCUUGCAAAAGAGCUUAUUUGGGGGAAAGAGGAAAUCAACUUUUUUUUCUCGUUUCUAUUUGUCUUGUGCUUUUUUUCCAUUCUUGCCCUUCUUAGCAUUCUCUUUUUCUUGUUUUUACUCUACAUUAGUUUGCAUUAGUUUUUAAUCUCCUUUUCUUAAAACUUUUUAACAAAAAGCAUCCAACAGAAAUGCAAAAGUAUAACUGGAAACCUCUAAUAGAUUUUUUGUAGAAAACAGAAAAACAAACUUAUGGUUUUGAUGAUUAGAUAGGAUGAUAGAAACAAGACAGGUUCUAAUUUUAGAGAAAGGGGUAAAUUUAUAACUGUAUUUAUAAUGACUGUAAAGAAGAUCAGAAGUCACUUCUUGUAUUCUUUUUUCUCUCUUUUCUAUUUUACUUUUUUUCCUUUCUUGCACUUUUUGGCUUUCUCUUUGAUUUUUUUUCUUUUUUUUCUUUCUUACUUUAUAUUAGUUUGUACUAGUUUUUAUCUUUUUCAAAUCUUUUAAUAAAAUUAUAUUUUUAAAGAACUCCUGUGUGGUAACUCUCUUAGUUGUUAUACAGCAGGGAUUUCCUUGAGCCAAAAGGUUGUGAAGAAGUAUUCACACACUAAUUUUCUCUAAAAACUACCCUGCAUUUGAUGUAUUAUUAAGAAGCUUAGGUCAUAAAUAUUUAAGACAUCUCGGAAUACCUUUGGGGGUUCUUUAAUUUAUUGGAGGAGGAAGGAGGAGGAGG